AUGAAGCUUAAGAGCGAGGCUAAGUAUUAUUUUUGGGACGAUCCUUACUUGUGGAAGAUGGGAGCAGACCAGGUAAUCAGGAGAUGUAUCCCCGAAUGGGAGCAGAGGGAUGUACUUAAUCAUUACCAUGCGUUGGCAUGUGGAGGUCAUUUUGGGCCAAGGAAGACUGCGAGGAAAGUCUUAGAUAGUGGAUUUUAUUGGCCUACAUUACACAGGGACGCCUAUGAGUUCUGUCAAAACUGUGGGCGAUGCCAGCAAACUGGAGGAAUUUCAAAGAGAGAUGAGAUGCCGCAGAUCCCAGUAAUCGUCUGCAAAAUCUUCAACGUGUGGGGGAUGGAUUUCAUGGGCCCAUUCCCAUCUUCGUACGGAAAUACGUACAUCCCUGUGGCCGUAGAUUAUGUGUCAAAGUGGAUAGAAGCCAAAGCUACUACUUCUUGUGAAUCCAAAGAGGUGGCUAAAUUUCUUAGAGCUAACAUUUUUAACAGGUACAAUGUGCCCUGA